CUGUUGUUGUUGUUGUUGUUCGCACUUUACCAAAACAUCGGCCAGCCUGGUUAGAUAAUUCGCGAGUUCCAUACAAACAGUGACUAAAAUCGCUAAAAUCAGUGUAAAAUGAGUCUUUUGAUCAGAAAACUCGGCUCCAAUGUGUUUAAUGCCCGCACCGGAUACAUUCUUACGCGGACGCUUUGCGCCAAUGCUGUGGAUGCCAAAGAAGUCGAUAAACUCGUGCACAACAACAAGGUGGUGGUGUUUAUGAAGGGAAAUCCGGAACAACCGCGAUGCGGAUUCAGCAACGCCGUGGUACAGAUCUUACGAAUGCAUGCCGUAAACUACGAUAGCCACGACGUACUGCAGAGCGAUGCCUUGCGACAGGCCAUCAAAGACUAUUCCAACUGGCCAACGAUCCCGCAGGUCUUCAUCAAUGGAGAGUUUGUCGGUGGGUGCGAUAUCAUGCUACAAAUGCACCAAAAUGGCGAGUUGAUUGACGAACUGAAGAAGGUCGGUAUCACGAGUGCCUUGGUGGAUGCAGCCGGCUCAGAAGAGAAAAAGUAGAUUCCAAGAAGACUUGGUGACCUUUAUGAAAACACGUAUUUAAGCUUCUUUAUAAUAAAUUGAGACCUUCUAUCUACUUACAGCA